AUGGAAUCCUCAGACAGACUUACUCUUCCCACGGUCUCGGCACUGCGACACUUGGAGCCACGACCAGGAGGCCAAUGGGCCGUUACUGGACGAUCUUCCGCCUCUUACUCGCUGGCAUAUAUCAUGGAUGGCGGGACUGAUGCAAUCUGCUAUACCAUGAAGCCAUGUACAACUGAGGAAGACGUUCGCACCCACUGUGGAUCACUGAUUUACGAUUACUCUGAAGCCAACGACACGGACUCUAAAGGGCUUGCGGCUAUCCCAAAUACUGCUUCAGUGGCUAUGCAUCUUGCUCUCCGCCAGAAACAAGACAACAGGUCAAAUGACUGCAGAGUUCGAGGUCUAGAGGACCUUGCUUUAGACCCUUUGAUGAUCGGCCCAAUGUCUGAAUCUCAGAACCUUUCCUUUGGUGAUGGACAGCAGUCACAACUCGGGAGCCUGGAUCAAAUUGAGUCUCAGAACAAUAUGUUUGAGCUCAGUAACGGGCCAACAAACCAACAGAACCAGCCGCAGAUGAUGGCUGCGGUCAAUGGUGGCAUGGACUGGCCUUCCGAAACCAUUUUGCCAGUGAUGACUCCUAUCUCACAACUCCCAAUUAUUUCAGGCCCAGUGGCCCCAGAGAAUGAAAACACCUCCCUACUUUCUGAAUUGUGGGAUGAAAACUACGACAGAAUUGAGCCCAUGGGAGAUGAUGCUGGCAGUCAUACUGGAUGGCCGCUCCAGUUUGCAGCUUCCUAA